AUGGCCCUAAGGCUGUGGCGGGCGGAGGACGCCGAAGAGUGGGCGUACAGAGGUGAAGGCGCCGCGAAUCUCGUCCUCGGCUACUGCGGAUCGUCCCCUGGCUUGGUUCUCUUCUCCGGCUUUUUCUCCCCCUCCAAUUUUCUUCCGUCUAUUUUGGGACAUUUUCGUCUGGGUGUGAUGGAGCUACUCUUGCCGCUGCUGAAGGUGGGCAAGGUGCUGAGGGUGCAGAAGGUGCGGAGGAAGAAGAGCGCGGCCAAGGGGGUGGUGCGGGAGCCGGGGUCCCCUGUGCUGACCUCGCAUGAACGGAUUCUCUGGAAAGAUGUGGACAAGAUUGGGGAGUGCACAUCGAAGGAUAUCGCCGGUCAGCUUUAUGCACUCCACGUUAUGAGCCCCCUACUUGGCGCCGAGCAUGUCGACCCGGGGGUAUGCAUGCAGCUCCUGAAUGUGUCGCUGGUUCUUCUGCUGUGUCCCUAUUUUUUUUCCUGUUCCUUCUGGCUUUGAAUGCGUGUCUUCUUUAACUGAUGGUUUCCUCUCAGCGGUUGAAAGGUUUUCUUGUCGAAUUUUGGCUAGUGCGCCAUGGUGGAAUUUCGGUUAGUAAAUGAGAAAAGUGGUAGCCUACGAGAUACGAUACGAAAGGCUUGGUAAUACGAUUAGAAUUCAGGCCAGAACAUUAGGGGGCUGACUAUUUACCAAAGAAUGGAUACCAGAUAUCCAUUCCUAGGCUGAAGACAUCUGACGCCAAAUACUGGGCUGCUGAUGGGACCACUUUUUGUAAGUUUUGAAGGAUUGAUGGGAUUUUUAUGAUUCUGCACAUCUCUGGUAGUAAUUACCCUAAUCUUAUUCAGUAUGUACGCCCUUUACUUCAAUAAAGAAUCGGAAGACAACACUUAAAAAGCUUCUAAUUAUUGUCUUAAUUGGGCAUCUCCACUGUUGUUUCUAUGAAAUGCUACAUCUCUAUGGAAUAAAGAAUGCCGAACGGUUUCGCUUGUAGAGUAUCUGGAGCAGAUUAUCAGCUCAAAUAAGAAUGAACUUCAUGUAGAGUUCUUUUAAUGUGUUUGACACACGAUGUAUAUUUAGGAACUUUAUUUUUUCAACUGGCUAAUUGGUGUAUCCAGUCAGCCCUUUUGAAUCCAUCAAAUUGAUAUCUUCCAGCAUUAUUCCUGUGGCUUUUAUCUUUUCAUAUUCUAGAGGACCUCACAGCGAUGGGUGUUAUAGUUAUAUUUUAUUGACCAGUUCGUGGGCAUUUCAACUGUCAUCAUUGUGUUCUUUUGUUAUGUUUUUCAAGAGUCAGCUGUUUUGUAACCCCUGUGUCAUGUUCUUUUAAUCAAUGAUCUGAGUAUUGUAUGUUCCUCGAUAGUUUGCAACACGUGAAAAGUUGGAUUUAUACUCUGUGCACAUAAAACUGAAGUCCACGUAAUCAGAAUUCCUUAGAAGUUUAAUUAGCACAACAAGGAUAGAUGACUAGGAAGAAAAUAAGCAUUACAAGCUGAAUUGCUUUGUAUGAAGUUAUUUUGCCUCUGUUUGCUUCCUGUGCAAUUUUCCAAGAUUUAACCGAAUUGACAAUCACCUGAUCUAAUGGUCAUGCAGGAAAAAAUGAAAGAGUUGUGGUGAAAUGAAUCCAUCAAUAUGUUCUCACUGAAUGUCAUAUAUUUCUAAGGUUUCGGGUACAGUAGUAUGCAUUUCAUUCCAGUCUGAGGGAUCCAUGGAGAGGAUAUUUUCUUUAGAAUGUCGAAAAUCCAUGCAAAAAAUGAUGAGGUUUCUGUAUUUCCUAGAGCUCAAAAGUAUGCACUCAACAUCUUGAUUAUUGAGGCCUCUAAAUGGUCAUUUUUCAUAAAAAUAUGCAGCCAGGGAUCAGAGUUCUCAUCAUUUUCAUUCUUUUUUUAGGUGUUUAUAGUUUCUAGGGUAGUCAUCAGGUAUUAUGGGGUUCUGAAAACUGAUAGUGGAGAACUUUGACUUAGGAUAAUUAUGUUAGAUUCCUCCUCUAUAACAUGGGGACAUUUUUUUAUGGUCAAUGUGCUUAUUAGUUUCUUGUUGAGCAUGUCAUCAUUACCUGUUUACUUAUCCUAGUUUUGGUUCUCGACUUUGCUGGUGUUUCUUUGUCUUCUGGGGUUUCUCAUACAGGUUCUAUAAAAUUUUGUUUGUGGUCCAUAUUUCUGUGUUUAAUAUUUUUUCUCCACAAUUUUUUGAUUCUGCUUUCUGGUUUGAGUGAUCCUCACAGAUUCAUGAUCAAUAGUUCCACAAAAGUGUGCCUUAUUUGACUUUGUUUCAUAGGAAGAUCAACUAAUUCUUCGUUUGAAAGCGUCAGAAGUGAAAAAUUACCUUAUAAGUUAUCUCCUACUUUGGUGAUUGUCGCCUAUUAUGUAUCCUGUUGUCUAAUACUGAGCUGGUCAGAAUUGUUUUCUCCAAAAGAAUCCUUUUAGACCUAUUUCAGCAUGUUGAACGUUGAUACCAAUCGGUAUAUUAUAGUGUUUUGUUAUCAUAUACGUGCAAGGUUUUUAGAGGAAACAUUUACAGAAGUUAUUUUUCUUAAUAAUAUCAUUUAAAAUCUUUCACCGUGUUUUUUUUUUAUGUUAACCUCCAGAUGCAUGUUGCUGUUUCUGAGGAGUUCCUACGAUCUGUUGAAAAGAAUAUUCUUGACAACCGUCCUAGUUGGCGUGUGGAUGCUGCCAGGGUCAACACAUUAUGUGAUUCUGCUCUUCUUAUGUCUGAUCAUUCAUUCUUCCCACGAGGUAAGCUUCCAUCUUUAAUGUGCAUGCUAAACUCAUCUUCAUAUUAUGUGACUAUUGAUUGACUAUCUUCUACAGUCGUAUUUUGAUUCAAAAGUCUUUUCUUAAAUGGGCGGAUGUUUAGACAGGGAGAUUUUCUUUCCUUCAAUGAUUAUUCUCAAUUCUAAAAAUGUCCAUGAUGGUGUGUGCUCAUAUGUUAAUUCAGUUUAAGGUAAGGGUGGCAUGCACAACAUAUUUCAUUAAAACAGUACUGUAGCAAUGUAAAUUGUUUCAUGUAUCGUAUAUGAUUCCCUUGUUACUUCACUCCAUGCUAAUGGAAAUCGUUCUCCCUUAAAUUUUGACAUCAUAAAAGAUAGCCUGGGGUCAUAAAUUAAUCAUUUCAUCCUCAUAUACUAAGUAUUAUUUAAGAAUUAUACACGUUAUAUUUAUUUUCAUAAAAAAAAAGCAGUGAUGGCAAUAUUAGCGAUUUAAUUAUUUUAGGGCACUGAGAGACUCUCCAUUGACUUCUUAAGAAUCUGUCGAAAUAAUAUUUAGUUAUUUUUUAUACAUCAAGUGGGCAAAUAUAGUGCAUUGGUGUUUAACUAAGUCGUCUGAAAAUGGUUUCAGUGUAUGACUGAACUGACUGAUAAGGAUAUCUGUAUUGUGGUAGGCUUUCUACAUUGUGUUUGUCCCCAAAUUAAUUCAUUCUGUCUGGAAUCUGUUUGCUUGUUUGAAUUUGAAUCUCUUUUCUGAUCAUUAUUCUCUUUUCUCCUUGCCAGCACUCACCGAUGCUUUUUACGACUAUCACUGUUGGCCUUCAUUACCCAACACCUGGUACCAUUCCUAGAGUCCAUUACCAGCUAUCACAAGUCCACCACCCAUCUGCUACUACUGCCAUCAUUGCCAGUCACCACUACUUUCUUUGAUAUUGCCCACCAAUAGGAUGUGGACGACAUAACAGUCACCGUCAUUUACUUGUUUUCACAUGUCACCGACUACCACACAUUGUCGCUCAUGUUACAAAUGCCCUGUCGCUGCCAACAUCCUUCGAAAUGUCAAUGAGCAACCAUUCGCUGCUUCAUACCUCAGCCUAUACCUACCCCUCUCCAUAUGUUAUUAAUCUGAGGUUUUAGGUUGUUCUUACAUGAGGGGAAUCAUUGAAGGGAAAUUGUCACUCACUUCAAUUAGGCAAUUGGAAGGAAUAGUGGGGUCCACGACCGUCAUUGGUUAGUAAAUGUUAUGUCCACGAAUUUCCUUAUAUGAUGGUUACUUUUCAGCGGGGGAUCUAGAUAGCUAAAAUGAUAGGCGUUUUCAUCAUGCCACAAAAAAGAUGAGUUCCAAAAAGAGUAAAAUUGUUUUCAUCUGAGAAAUGAUAACUAUCAUCACUACAUGAAGGGAUUGACAUAUGCAGAUUCCAUGACCAAAACGAUGGUUUGAGACGAAAGAAUUCCAGCUUUAUAAAUUGUCCAGUAUUGUUUUACUUUGCUUGUGCUGUUCGGGCUAACCCAGAGCCAUGUGGCAGAUUUUCUGUUAUUUAUAUCUUUUUUUCGCUUAAUGACUUCAUCCUUUUCACCAUUUGAUUUUCUUUCCUCAAAAAUAAAAAAGGCUGGAAAAACGUGAAGAACCUGCUAUCAUCUCUAUUUGAUACCCAUCUCAUAUUUGUCCUCUGCUUAGCACUUGAACCUAGAGAAACUUGCUCUCACGGAUGUAUAUUUUUUCACACGUUUUUUACCAUUGAGAUUGAUUCCAUUUGUGCUGAGAUCCUGCCAUGAUAGUCAGAUACUAAUUAAGGUCUAUGAUUCUCAAUCUUUAAGUCGUAAAUUAAUUGGGAUGAUCUUAAUAUUACACGUCAGAGUAGUCUCAGUCAGUUAGUGUUUUGACCAAAGUACAAAUAUUCUUUUGUAUGUGAUAAUUGCAAAUCGAGCUUAUUUCAGUAUUAUGCGAUCGAAAAAGCUCUUUAUCAUCCCUUCUACUCUUGUGGAUUCAGGCUGAUGUAGAAUUUCUAACAAUUCAGUCCUAGUCCUUUUCUUCCUUGUUUUAGGUACUCUGAAUGAGGAUCUCUGUGUUGCUAUUGAGAUAAAGGUGACCCUUUCAUACCAACUGAAAAUCUCUCUGUUAUUAUUUGGCCUAAUAUGUAUUUGGCCUAAUAUGUAUUUGGCCUAAUUUGUUUAAGGAAUCAGCCGAAAUGUGGAUUUCUCCCGUUCUCAAAAUUCAUUAAGCGGGAAACAAUUGUAAAGACCCGUGUAACGCGUUUCAAAAUGCAUCAGGUCUUGAAACUUCAUGAAGGACAGGUAUCUUUGCUUCUGGCUAUCUGUUGGUCCCUGAUUAUCUCUGCAAUUAAUUUAUCUCUUCGCAUUACAUUCUUUUGAAUUGAACUGUGAUAUAAUACUCUGUUGGCAAUGCCUUCCACCGAAUUUGACAAAUGUGUUUUUUGUGAAAUAUGAUUACCAUAAUUUUUAUUGAUUUUUUUUUUUCAAUGCAAUACUCAGAUAUCGUGGUUAAGCGAAUAUGACCCUCUUGAUCUUUUCUCUGGAUCCAGAGAUAGAAUGAAUCAAGCUAUCAGGGCACUGUUUCAUUGUCCUCAGAACAAUUUCCGUGUUUUUUUUAAUGGCUCCCUUGUUUUUGGGGCUUUGGGAGGCGGUAUGGACAAAGAUGUUGUGAAUGAUAUUUCUCAUGAAAAGAAUGAGGCAUUUGAAAAUAUGCUCAAAACAGUAAUCCAGGAGGAGCACACCCAACAUGUCCAGAGCUUCCUUGAACUUGUUGGAGAUGCCAUCUUCAACUCAGGGAUUAUAGAUCGCCUUCUGGAAGUUCAGAAACUUGAUAUUUUUGACAUAGAGGGAGCAAUCCAUGCUUACUACAAUAUUAUUUCACAACCGUGCUUGAUUUGCCAGAACUUGAAUGAUGCCGACCUUCUAAAUAGAUGCUCUUCGAUUCAUUCUUUAUCACUGGAGGAGAGCUUGAAAAUUGUGAGGGGCUAUCUUAUAGCUACUACUGCCAAGGAUUGUAGUAUUAUGGUCAGCUUUCGACCAAGACAAAGGAAUGUUACAUCUGAUUUUGGUUCUGUAUUUCUCAAGUCAACUGGUCAAACGUUUGACUACAAGGUAUACCUUUCCUGCCUUCUGUCUUGAAGGAUUUCUUAUUCUCUGCCUCUCUGGAAAGUCACCACAAAUCAUGCGAAAGAAAACUUUGUAAAUAUAUUGUUUGGCUUCGGCACUUUUUCUCAGAAUUUGCCUUCUUCAGACAUUUACUUUUCAUUUUCUCGAAAAUAUUCGAAUACUUUCCCGCAAUCAAUAUUUUCACAGUGAAGGGAUUAACUGGUAUCCAUCAGGGAAAUAUUUUCACUACAAUGAUAGAUAAAUGAUUGUCUUCCAACCGGUUCCUCACCUAAAGGAUUUUAAAAACACAUCUCAGAAGUUCCGUUGUUUUUCAACACUUGAAAUGACUUUUUUCUUUCAUCAUUGGUGUCAAGAUUGGUCUGAUCUUUCUCACUUUCAGUGAGAGAGACAUGAUUUUCAUCCAAACCCAACAAUGCAUUAGCUCUCUGGACACAACCUGGAGAUAUAUGUUGAUGGUCUUGCCAGUGUCUCUCCAGAAAAAAACAACUGGAAAUAUCAACUCCAACACUUGGGUUGCAUCGCUUCAUGGUGUUUCUUUCCUCAAUUUCUUCCUCUUGGAGAGUAGACAGUGCCUUCUUAAUUGAAGAUUGUUUCAAACCAGCAGGUCUCUCCCACUCGGUUUGGAACAUUGUAGCACUAACUUCCCCAACUGUGCAUAUUUUCUGCUUUCUCCGACUUCUGUAACUGGUCUUCUUCACCCAGAGUCUUCCUGUGCAUCCCUGUGUUCGCUUUACCGUCCUCCACGGGUUUCUUCCCUCUUGUUUCAGAUCUAUCUGUUUGUUGACUCGGGUGUUGCAUCUCCUCCAUGGCCUGCAUCGUUUGUACCAUUCUUUGCGCCAGGGCUUCCAGGCUCUUCUCUGCUCCACUCACCUCCUGUAGACGGCUCUCUAUUUCUGGUAGCUGCCGCAACUCCUCACGAAUUUCUUUAUUUUCUUUCUCCAGGGUUUCCAGUCUGCCGUGGUUGAUUUUGGGCGCCAUCAAACUGGCUCUGGAACCAGUUGAUAGAAACCUUAGAUUCGGAUGACGAGAGAGAUAAAAGAGGGAAAUAGAAGUACCAGAAAAUGGGUGGAUCAGGCUUCAGUGGUAACCCUCUCACCGGAAUGUGGAGAACUUUCAAGAUGGUCUUUCUAUCUCUUACGUAGGAGACCUUAGGUUAGGUUCUCCUUCUAGGCCUUAAGUUAGGCCCGUUUGGCCCCUUAUGGGCCUAACAUCGUCCUCUUCGUCUUCCGGUGUAAACCAGGCCCAUUGGAACCGUCGGGGCUGUAACACUAUCUUCCUGUUCACACACACACAAUGUGUGUGUGUGUGUGUGUAUAUCUUACUUGAGAAGAUCACACUGUCUGCCAUUAAACAUGCCCUAGUAUCAGGAGUCUAGGAAUUGAGCUUAUUUUGUGGGAUUGCCUGAAAGUUUGUCUCAAAAGUUCUCUCAGCAGCGUAUUUGCCAUCACCUUCUCAGGCUUGUGCAGACCUUACAACAGUUUAUUUAGACCUCCAGUGUAGGGCCAAUUUAUGUCCAGCUUCCAACUACCAAAUUUCCAUCAGUUCUCAGUUCAUAACUUCACUGACUUGUGUAAAAACGGAGUUUUUACCAAAGUAUCAUAUUGUUCCUGCUGCUUCUGCCUUAAUGGCCCAGCAAGGGUGGCAACAAAAUCAUAUGGGCUGAAUGUCUCCCUUAUUUCGUAUUUGUAUCUGCGAAGUUUCGACCAGAAUUUUAAGGCGGAUUGGUUUUAUAGUGAUGAUUGAACAUCUAAGCCUUUUUAUGCUGCAUCUUAUUUGAACGUCCAUUGUAUUUGUUAUUUAUCUAAUUUUUAGUUCCCAUGGUCGUAUUACUUUUGGGCAUUCCUCUUUUCAUGGUAAAUUUAUGCUAAUUUAUUUCAUACUGUUGGAUUUUUUUCAGUGACUUGUAUUUUUCUUCUUUUACCUUUUUAGGCAUAUUUUAUCGACCUUGAUAUGAAGCAUUUUAGAAAGAUGCCUUACUACUACGAAUUGGAUCAGAAAAUAGUAGAGUUCUACGUGAACGCUGAGAGCGCUUUGGUAAAUGGUAUCAAUUCUGCUUGCCCCUGUGUGGCCCAGAACUACAGCCUUUCUCUGUCUGAAUGUUGA